AUGUCUAUUGAUUUUCCCGUCGAAGAGGAGGCCGUCCUCAAACGGUGGAGGGAGAUUGAUGCCUUUCGCCGGCAGGUUGAACUAUCCCGCGGCCGGAAGCCCUACACUUUCUAUGAUGGUCCUCCAUUUGCGACUGGCCUUCCUCACUAUGGUCACUUGCUCGCCAGUACCAUCAAGGAUAUUAUCCCUCGUUACUUUUCAAUGACGGGCCACUAUUGCGAGCGACGAUUCGGCUGGGAUACACACGGUGUGCCAAUCGAACAUGAAAUAGACAAGAAGCUAGGAAUGUCCGGCUCUGAAGCCGUUGAGAAGCUGGGUAUAGCUCAGUACAACGCAGAAUGCCGCGCGAUUGUGAUGAGGUUCGCCGAGGAGUGGCGGCAAACUAUCGAAAGGCUAGGCCGUUGGAUCGAUUUCGAUAACCCGUACCGGACACUCGAUACUAGCUUUAUGGAAUCAGUCUGGUGGGUCUUUAAACAAUUAGCGGAUAAGGAUUUGGUAUAUCGAGGAUAUCGAGUGAUGCCUUACUCUACUGCUCUCAACACCCCUCUGAGCAACUUCGAGGCUUCUCAGAACUAUCGCGACGUGACCGACCCAGCUGUUGUGGUAGCUUUCCCCCUAGUUGACGACCCCAAUGUAUCGCUAUUGGCAUGGACAACAACACCCUGGACACUUCCGUCCAACACUGGUCUCUGCGUGAACCCAGAGUUCGAUUAUGUGAAGAUCCACGAUGAGGCAUCGGGAAAGCACUAUAUCCUCAUGGAAACUCUUCUUCGGACGCUCUAUAAAGACCCUAAGAAAGCAAAGUUUAAGGUCAUUGACCGCUUCAAGGGAUCUAACAUGAAAGGCUGGAGGUACGAGCCACUUUUUGACUAUUUUGCCGAUGAAUUCAAAGACUUUGGAUUCCGUGUGUGGAAUGAUGGCUAUGUAACUUCCGAUGCUGGUACGGGAAUUGUUCACCAAGCACCUGCAUUUGGUGAAGACGAUUACAGGGUCGGUGUGGAGAAUGGAGUUGUUACGGACACUAGACUGCCUCCUAACCCUGUGGAUGAAACGGGAAAAUUCACAGCUGAAGUGCGAGAUUUCCAUGGGCAGCAUGUUAAGGCUGCAGACAGAGCCAUCAUUAAACAUAUCAAAGCCAUUGGUCGUUUGGUUGUCGACGGUCAGAUUACCCACAGUUACCCAUUCUGCUGGAGAUCAGAUACGCCCCUUAUCUAUCGAGCUGUGCCCGCAUGGUUUGUGAAGGUUGGACCAAUUAUCCCAACCAUGCUCAAGGGCAUUGAAGGCUCACAUUGGGUGCCAUCUUUCGUCAAGGAAAAACGGUUCGCCAAUUGGAUACAAAAUGCCAGGGAUUGGAAUAUUGCAAGGAAUCGAUAUUGGGGAACUCCAAUCCCCCUUUGGGUUAGCGAUGAUUUCAAGGAAGUUGUUGCGGUAGGCAGCGUCGCGGAGCUCAAGGAGCUUAGCGGGUAUGAAGGCGAUCUGACUGAUCUGCACCGAGACUCCAUCGAUCAUAUCACUAUUCCUAGCAAGCAAGGAAAGGGCCAGCUUCGUCGUGUCAGUGAGGUCUUUGAUUGCUGGUUCGAAAGUGGUUCUAUGCCUUAUGCAUCAGUUCACUACCCUUUCGAACGUGAAACAGAAUUUCAUGAUGCUUUCCCGGCUCAGUUUAUUGCUGAGGGUCUAGAUCAAACACGCGGUUGGUUCUAUACUUUGUCCGUCCUGGGUUGCCAUCUGUAUGGGAAGUUGCCCUACCAAAAUGUCAUAGUGAACGGAAUCGUUUUGGCGGAAGAUGGCAAAAAGAUGUCUAAGCGUCUGAAGAACUACCCUGAUCCAACUGUAGUCAUGGAUCGUUAUGGUUCUGAUGCGCUUCGACUGUAUCUGAUCAACUCCCCUGUCGUGCGAGCUGAAACUUUGAGAUUCAAGGAAUCGGGCGUCAAGGAAAUUCUUUCAAAAGUGCUCUUGCCUUUGUGGAACAGCUACAAGUUUUUCGAGGGACAAGUGGCUCUCUUGAAGAAGGUUGAGAACAUCGAUUAUGUUUUCGACCCGAAGGCGGAAGUCACUAACACCAACGUUAUGGAUCGGUGGAUUUUGGCAAGCUGUCAGAGUCUUCUAAAGUUUGUCAACCAAGAAAUGGCUGCCUAUCGCCUAUACACCGUGGUUCCAAGGCUACUUGAACUCAUUGACAACACCACAAACUGGUAUAUCAGAUUCAACCGGAGACGCUUGAAGGGCGAAAAUGGCAUCGAAGACACACAGCAUGCACUUAACACAUUGUUCGAAAUUUUGUAUACACUGGUUCGCGGUCUGGCUCCAUUUACCCCUUUCAUCACCGACAACAUCUAUCUACGACUUCUCCCUCAUAUCCCCAAGUCGUUACGCGGCGAAGAUGAUCGCAGUGUGCACUUCCAGCCAUAUCCUCAGGUCCGUGAAGAACUUUUUGACGAGGUGGUGGAAAGACGUGUAGCAAGAAUGCAAAAAGUCAUCGAAUUGGGAAGAACUUCUCGUGAACGCCGUAAUCUGGUGCUAAGGACCCCCCUGAAGACGCUUGUUGUCAUCCACACAGAUCAGCAAUACUUGAACGACGUCAAGUCUCUUGAAUCCUACAUUGUCGAGGAAUUGAACGUGCGUGAUCUUAUCCUGUCCUCGGACGAAGAAAAAUACAACGUGCAAUAUAGCGUCACAGCGGACUGGCCUACACUGGGUAAGAAGUUGAAGAAGGAUGCGCAAAAGGUCAAGAAAGCGUUGCCUUCUUUGACGAGUAACGAUGUCAAGAAGUUUGUGACUGAGAAACGUAUUGUCGUCGAUGGUAUUGAGCUUGUUGAGGAGGAUCUCGUCGUGCGCCGUGGCAUUAAGGAAGAUGAGACCACACAAAGUCAGGAGACCAACUCCGACACUGACGUUCUAACCAUUUUGGACGCCAAUAUCUACCCAGAAUUGGCAGAUGAAGGAGUCGGCAGAGAGAUCAUCAGCCGUGUCCAGCGAUUACGCAAGAAAGCUGGCCUGGUUCCUACAGAUGACGUGAAGAUGGAAUACAAAGUUCUUUCUGACCCCGAAAAUAUCGGAUUGGAGAAGGUGUUCCAGAAUCAAGCUGCCAAUUUCGAAAAGGCAUUGCGCAGACCUGUCGACCAACAUGUCGUAACCCAAGUUGGGGGAACCAUCCCAGAUGAGGAGGAACAGGGUCUCAUUGUGCAGGAAGAACAAGAAAUCCAAAAAGCAACGUUUUUGCUUAGAUUCCUAAAAUUGUGA